ACUUUUUCAUCUUUGUUGAGACAACACCGCUAAGCAAAGAUGGCUUCAUUUAAUGGUCCUGAUUGGAGAAUUGGGAUGAGUGGAAAAACUGUUGUUAGCAAGAGUGCUUCUGGAAACACCAUUCUGGAAGAGAGACGGUUCAAAUCCCGUUUCAGUUCAGAGUCAGUGACUGAGACCUGUGAGACAGGCGUGACACGCUGGGGUAACAGAGGGAUCAGUGUGGUAGACACACCAGGGAUCCUGGACACUCAGAAGUCACCAGAAGUCAUCCAAAGAGAAAUAAUGAGACGUGUGGAAGUCUCACGGCCUGAUCCAGACCUUCAACGACUCAUGCAGCGCUGUGGUAACAGGUUCCAAGUCUUUGACGACCCCAGUGAUGACAGAGGUCAAGUGGUGGGGCUGGCUAAGAAGAUCGAUGACAUGGUUGCUGCAAACACAGAUGCAAUGUUUCAAGAAGUGAAGGGAACACAAGAAAUGUCAUUGAGAAGGUCAAGUGCUGCCAGGGAUGAACAAUAUGGAUAUUCAUAUUCAUAUUCUUCACAUUCUUCAUAUUCUUCACAUCAUACGUUUCCACUACAUUCUUUCAACGAUAAAGUGAUUAGUAAAUAAGGAAGAGUAAAUAACAAGCAAGUAUUCCAUGAAAAUAUGGAAUACUUGAAAAAGCUUUGACACACACACUUACCAGCUAGAGGGGUAGUGUUGUUUUAUAUUGCUUAAAGUUAUCUAUUAGUAACAAUUGUGAUUGAUGAUGAUGAUUGAUGAUUGUAAGCUUCUCGGGGUCAUGAAGAAAAUGAGUUUUAAAGUACAGAUGUUUGAUGUGGAACUAACGUGUUAUUAUCUCUGCUUCAAAUAAACCUGUCUUUUUGUUUUCAAAUAUAAUAUAUAACAUUCAUGGUGAUUAGGCAUGUUGGGACCUAAGGGUGUUUGACACUUAUUGGUAUAUACUGUAUAUAAUGUUUAUGCCUUGAAAAUGUAUUGUUUAGUUUUAUUU